AUGCUGCCCCUACACGGGAACGGCAGGAGGAAGCGCUUCCCCAAUGUAAUGAGUUUCUUUGGCGGAGCCUAUUCAAAGGGGAUACUCCAAAGUGGAAAAGUUGGGGAUGUCCCUAAUACACAUAAGGGGGAAAACUUCCCCCAUGUGCGCAAUGCACAAGGGUGGAGCCCCCCCAUGGGUGAAGUUCAAUACGUACAAUGUGCAGACUACGAAGAUGAUGUAACGUCGUUUGGGUGUCUAAACUGGUACAUAAACCGGUCGCCCAAGCAAAGGAUCGCCAUUAACACAGGAGUGUUGCUCGCAUUCGCGACAGCAACGUAUGCAACAUAUCGAACUGUUGAAAAUGUGAAGACCGUGUGCUUAGUGGGGCUAUCCCUCUACAGUGCCUUCUUCCUGUUAUUCGCCCUGCACAUGCUGAGCUCCGUGUUGAAGGACGAAUAUGAUGCUUACAGUAGCGUACCAGGGGGGGACGCCUGGAAGGACGGAGUGACGACCCACCAGAUUCGCGUCAUGCCGAAACAUGUCGGCCUUCCACAUAAGAAGACCAAAACCGUGCAACCGAAUAAUGGUGACAAACAAGGGGAGGAGCGGAUCAAGGUGGCGCACGACACGGUGGAUAACACCCUCGAAGCGCCGCAGGAUGGGUACGAAGUACUCUCCCUGGAAGACAUAGCAAAACCGAUAAAGGAGGGAUCAGAAGGAUUUUUCGCGGUGCAAUACAAUUCGAUUUUUAAAAUAUCCGUAGCUUUUACGACACUUCUUCUGUUCCUUUACAUAGUGAGAGGAGACAACACAAAGUUGCCCCGAGAGAAAGACACCAUGGUGGAGGGUACCACUGAAAAGUACAUAGUAAUAUCACCCUUUGCAUACAGCAUAAUAACCUCUAUUUCAUUUUUACUGGGAGCUACAUGUAGCUCCUUAGCUGCCUACAACGGAAUUUAUGUAGCCGUCCGGGCGAAUGUCCGUGUGGCUAAAGCUUCUACCUAUUCGUAUAGGAAAGCUCUCAUGACCUGUUUUAGGAGCGGAGCAAUAAGUGCCAUUGUGAACGUGGCGCUAGCUAUCUUUGGCAUUUGCUCCUUACUAGUGUUAAUAAAUAUUUUAUACCCUUCCCUGUCGUUUACAAAAUACCCCCUAUUGAUUGUUGGCUACGGGUUUGGAGCUUCUCUAGUGGCCAUGCUGUAUCAGCUAGCUGGAGGUAUAUACACGAAAGCAGCCGAUAUAGGUGCCGACUUAGUUGGGAAGGUAGAGAAACAUAUUCCAGAGGAUGACGCCAGGAACCCAGCAGUUAUUGCAGACUUGGUUGGAGACAACGUAGGUGACUGUGCAGGUCAGUGUGCAGAUCUGUUUGAAUCCAUAUCUGCGGAAAUUAUUGCAUCUAUGAUUUUAGGAGGAACCUUAUGUGAAAAUGGAAUCAUUUCUGAGAAGAGGGCUAACUACUUUGUUCUCUUCCCCCUGUUUGUCCACUCGAUGGAUUUGUUCGUGUCCACCAUUGGGGUUUACCUUGUUCGGACCAGGAGCGACUAUGGAAGCACCCCAGUGGGGAAGAAGAAACGUGGUAGUAGUAAACACCACGUGGGAACGGACCAGUGUGCCCAUCUUAGUAAUGCAUCCUACAGUAGAACAGUGCAAAAUGGUGCAAAUGUGAACGUACGCAGCGCAAACGGAGACACAACCUUAUUGGCCCUAAGUCCUGACCAUUACAAUGAUAACGAACUAGACAUGAUAGGAGAACAUUUAGAGAACCCACUAAAGGUGAUGCUAAGGGCGUAUAUUGUUACUUGCCUGCUGGCCAUGGGUGGUUUUUUUUUCUUCUGUAAAAUGUUGUUUGUCUUGGGGGAGGAUUGCCCAAAUGAUUAUUCGUGGGUUUACCUGUCCUUAUGUGGACUUGUGGGUAUGGUUUGCUCGUACCUGUUUGUUAUUCUGACAAGAUACUACACAGACUACUCCUACCCGAAGGUGAGAAAGAUAGCUCAUGCGUCUUUAAGCGGUCCAGCUACUAACAUAAUAACGGGUCUAUACGUCGGCAUGGAAUCUACCUUCCUCCCCACGGUAGUCAUUUCUGUGUCUCUGUUGGCUUCCUACUACCUAGGGUUAGCAAGCAAUCUGACUGGAGAUGGUCGUGCUAUAAAUGGACUCUACGGAACAUCAGUAGCCACCAUGGGGAUGCUCUCCACAGCAGUCUUCAUUUUAAGCAUGUCUAAUUUUGGACCCAUAGCAGACAAUGCAGGUGGAAUUGUAGAGAUGUCGAAUCAACCUGAGAGCGUUCGGUUCAUUACAGAUAAGUUAGAUGCAGUUGGAAAUGUAACGAAAGCAAAUACAAAGGGGUACAGUGUUGGUUCUGCUGCUUUGGCGUGUUUUUUACUUUUCUCUGCCUUUCUUAGUGAAGUUUCUCUCCAUGCGAAGACACCUUUUACUACUGUAGAUAUUGCCUUGCCGGAGGUAUUCAUUGGUGGGAUUCUAGGAUCCGUUGUGGUGUUCCUUUUCGCUAGCUGGUCCUUAGAUGCAGUUGGAAAUACAGCAGAAGAAGUUCUCAAAGAAGUGCGCAGACAGUUUAAUGACCACCCGGGGAUUCUCACCUAUGAUGAAAAACCAGACUACCACACUUGCGUUUCAAUUAUUAGUAGGAAGGCACUGAUCGAGACGAUUAAGCCGGGGUUACUCGCUCUAUGUGCCCCCAUCAUAAUUGGGUUGCUUUUUAAGCAAUUUGGCAAGUUCAGAAAUAAUGGCUUGUUAGGGGCACAAGUCAUUGCUUCGUUUAUUAUGUUCUCCACCUCCACGGGGAUUUUGAUGGCGCUCUUCCUCAACAACGCCGGGGGGGCUUGGGACAAUGCGAAGAAAUACAUCGAGUCCGGUUUUUACGGAGGGAAGAACAGCCCAGCGCAUGUCUCCAGCGUGAUUGGCGACACGGUGGGGGACCCCUGCAAGGACACCGCGGGUCCCUCCAUCCAUGUGCUUAUCAAGUUGAUCUCUACCAUCACCAUGGUGAUGACCCCCCUGAUCGCGUCCUCCCCGGAGAUGUAA